AUGCGCCACUCAACUAUCGGCCCGGCGAGGGUCCUCUGCCACAUGGCGUUCUUCAUGAACAUCUACAUCUACAUCCUACAUCUUCAACACAGGACCACUGUCCAAGACACUGGCCGACUCCCACAUGUCGAUGCCUCCACCGCUGAGGAGGCCGCGAAAGCGACGGCUAGCGAGACUUCAAUGACCCUUCUCCAAGGUCUGAAGACAUACCCCAAGGCCGUCGGGUGGUCAAUCCUUCUCUCGACCUGUAUCAUUAUGGAAGGCUUUGACCUUGUCCUCAUCUGUUCUGAUACCAUCAGCUGA